UUCUAUAUUUUACUCGUUCUUUGCAGAAGGGUUAUGCUACCUUUUCUAUGUAACUUCCUCGUAAUUUUUAUUUGGACUUUUUGUUUGAUUUGGAUUCAUUAGAAAUUAAAUCGACAAUAAACAUACGACAAUCAUUUGAAAUAUAUUACCAAUGAGUAAACUGCCCAGAUUAAUUUGUCCCUCAGUUUAACAAAUAUUUUUCAGAAUCUUUAAGAGUUUCGUCAUACAAAUUCCAGUUUGUUACUAUGCAACGAUCCGGCAAAGACAUGCUUACAUAUAGCAAAGAAAAACUAUGAAUCUCUUCUCUAAUAAUGAAUUCUUUCUUCCCCCUUUAGAACCUCCAACACCACCAACGGAUCUAUCAGUCGACUCCAUUAAGAGUAGAUCUGUAAAGCUGUCUUGGAGAGAUAUGACCAGAUCUCUCGCUCAGUUCUACAGUCUUCAGAUCAGCAGCAGCCAAAGACUGUCUUGGAGUAAUGCUAGAGUUAUUAACAUCACUAGAUUAGAAGAAAUACGCCAUACAAUGGAGGUUGAUGACUUACUGCCAGCCACCAGCUACACAGCGAGGGUUGCCGGGGGCAACCAGGCUGACCUCAGCCAUUACUCCACUCCAGUCAGAUUUACAACUACCGAAGAAGCUCCAUCCUCACCACCCAUUGGCGUGCAGCUGGAACAAACGGAGUCACCUGGAGAACUCCGAGUCAGAUGGCUGCCACCGCCCGCUGAUACUCAUAACGGAUUGAUUAUAGGAUAUAGGCUGAAAGCUGUUCCACAGCUGACUGGAAUCAAAGAAACAGAGGAAACCAGUGAUAAAACUAUCAAGACGGCAUCUCUAUACGCAAAACAAGAGACAAUCGUAGGAGGACUUCUGAAAGGCGUCAGGUACGCAGUAUCAAUAGCUGCAUUCAACAGUGCAGGUGCAGGACCAUUCUCAGUUCCAUUAUUCCAAGAUACGAGAGAGGGAGCUCCAGAAGAAGGACCAUCAUCAGUGGAAUGUGGCGGAGUGACGUCAACAGCGCUACGCGUGAGCUGGCAGCCGAUACCGCCGCACAAGCAGGCAGGAGCUCUGAUAGGCUACACAGUGUUGUAUGCUGCUCAAGGUCGACAAUGGAUGAACUCGACGUCUCUCGUCACGGAACUUCGGCUACAAGGACUCUACAAAUUCACUAACUACACCGUCAAAGUGGCCGGGUUCUCUAACUACGGGCUUGGUCCUUAUUCCUUCCCUAUUAUCUGUGCGACGUUGCAAGAUGUGCCUGAAGCACCGGCGGAAAUUAAACUGCUGGCUCAAUCGUCGACUACUCUUUUAGUUAGCUGGAAAAGGCCGAGACAGCCGAAUGGAAGGCUUUUACAUUAUACUGUGUACUGCAAGCCGACGGCCAGCAACGACGGCCCCCAAGCGAUCAGGGUUGACGUCCAAAGCAUCACUGAUGCCUACGAAAAGUCUCAGACCUUAGAACUGAAAGGUUUGAACGAAGGUCGCCAGUAUGACGUGUGGGUGACAGCAAGCACACUGGUUGGUGAAGGACCUGAAAGUCGGAGAGUCACCAACACGCCUUCCCAAAAAGUGGUAGCUGGCGUUGCGUCUCUUGGUGGAGAAAUAACGGUAGCGGUAAGGAACUCCUUGCUUCUCGAAUGCAAAAGCGUCGGAUCCCCUCCGCCAAGGACAGUGUGGUAUCACAAUCAGAACAUCAUCACUCACCAUCCACGAUUCACGAGGCAUCGUGAUGAUAGUUUACUGAUAAAAAGUAUCGACCAGUCUCUCAGUGGGAACUACACUUGCUUGGCUAAAAACCUUUACGGUUCAGACUCCGUAGUAUUUACGGUGAAAGUUCUGCCGUUGCCGGACCCCCCGACAUUAAGAGCGACCCCGUACAAAGAUUACAUUAUCGUUGAGUGGGACGAAAUCAGGUCUUAUGGGAACGACUCGUAUGGAUUCGGAAUCAGUUACAACCUAACUUGGAGAGAAAACGACGGGCUUUGGCAAGAAGCUUGGCCAGUGACGCGAGAGAACCGUCUCCAAGGAAUCCAACAGCACACACUGGCUGGUCUCAAAUGCGGGACAAAGUACUCCAUCAGAGUUACAGCUACCGACAGUAUUGGUACCUCAGCACCAGCCCAUAUUGACGUCACGACACUGGGUGGAGCACCAGUAUCGCCGCCCUCGACUGACUGGCUUUGGAGCAACGCCACCCACAUCUACAUACAGCUCAGUGGCUGGGACGAUAGUGGUUGUGAUGUCAUCAGAUGGGAGGUGGACUAUAGAGUGCUCGGCUCAAGUCUAUGGCAUCGGGCUGAGAAUAAAGCACCCAUGGAUCUUAAUCUUGGCUGGAGUUACAUCGAAGGCCACUACCAAGCUCCACCACUCCGUUCCAUACCGACAUCGUACGCUGUCGGAUCUCUCGCUCCCGCAAAUUGGUACCAGCUAAGAGUGACUGCGAUAAACGAUGCGGGCUCAGCUUCCACUGUUUAUACUUAUGCAACCAAGACGCUUGAAGGAGAGGAAAUCGGACCACCAUCGGAGCUCAUAGAUCUAAAUAUGCUGGUCAUCGUGUGUAGUUCUAUUCUGCUCGUCAUAUGUUUGAUGGCCUUCUUCUGUAUUUUGUUCAGAAGGCACAGACAAAACUAUUCAUCACAAUACCGCCACUCGAUCGCUGAUGAAGUGAAGUCGCGGAACGAGAGCGUCGCCUCCCAGUCCGAGCAUAAAGAGCGGUAUGCGCACGCGCCGAGGAUCUAUACGUCGCCAGUGCAUAACAGGAAGACUAGUAAGAAUGAAAUGUUCGAAAUCAGUCCAUAUGCGGAGUUCGCGCUGGGCUUCAGAACGUUCGACCACGUUGAGAACCAGGACCUGCCGAGCAGGCUGCCCAGUAGACCGAGAUUCGAUACUGAAACAAGUUUCCAGACUCGUUCGGAGUCUGAUGACAGCGACAGUACAUCCAAAGCCACUGUCUCUGUGAUGCCAAAACGUCACUGCCGAACCCCACACCACAGAUAACAAGAAUAAAAUAAAAUAAAAUAUACAUAAAUAUAAUAAUAACAAAAAUAUUUAGAUAAUUGUAAUUUAUACACAAUCUGUUCAUAAUUAAGCAUAUCAAUGUACUCGUAAAUUAAUAAUAAUAUUAUUUAAAUUUUCUUAAUUAAUAUGUUAUUCGGAAUAACAGAUAUUACAAAUAAAUUGGAGUUAGACAAUAUCAGUGUAGUCUAUAAGUAAAAAUAAUAAAAAACAAUUGAAACAUUGAUUAUACAGAAGUCCAUCUUUGAAUUUCAAAAUUAAACAAAUGACGAUAUUCAUUACUAUGAUAAUCCGAGCUGCCCCUAUAGAUGUGUCAUUUCUUCAAACAUCAUUUUUAAUGAAAUUGUUCGAAUGUUUGGAAAUAAGAUCUUCAAUUCCACGAUCUUAACGCAUACGGCUCAAUUCCAAUUUCAAAUGAGAUUCGUUUUUUAUCAAAUAAAUUAUAGAUUUUUUUUUAUCUUUGACUAACGUAUUAUUGAUACUGCCUUGUGUUGCAGAAAUGCCACUUAUCUAAGGAGGUUGUAAAGUAACAGAAAAAAGAAAAUUUGAAAACUUCUUUUUAUAUCAUCAUGUGCAUCACAAUGAUUUUUUAUUCAACUCAAUGAGCCUUUAAAAUGAAUAGAAUCCUUGUUCAAACUUAACAUGACGUAUAUUGCUGUACAUAGCUUCAAAUUGUGUCAAAACAUUUUCGGUACAGCUGUGAGUAAAACUCAGGCGUC